GCUGCUAGCCGUCGGUGUGUGUUGUUGUUGAAGCAAUGAUGGCGGCAGCGGGAUGCGGAUCAGCAACCGCGGCUGCCGUAGGAGGCCAAGGUGGACCCGCUACGGCCAGAGGUCGUUUCCCCGGUCGGCCUUGGUCGUCACGCAGUCGUUUGCGCUCCGAGAAGCGGUGGCAACUCGGACGAUCAGGCUCAGAAGCUGAUGAUGUGACUACCGGAGGGCCGAGGCCCGCGAGCCUGGCGCUGGCGUUAAACGAUGACCAGUCUCACUUGCGCUUACUCGGGAUAGAAGCGAGCCACCAGGUCCUCGGCCAGGCUGGGUACAGCUCUAGUGGGAGUGAAGAGGUGAGGUCCCAAACCGACCCAGGAGGUGACGACUUCAGAGGAUUUGAAGCUGAGAGAAAAGGCUCCAAAGGACAAAAUCCUUCCAAAGGUAAUGCUGUUAACACAAAAUCUAAACGACGAAGUGAAAAGCUACCGCUUAAAACGCCAGCAGUGGAGGCGGAUAUUACCCCACCUGAUCCUGUAAAGGAUGUAAAAUCUCUGGAGGAAACACAUGGCUUAUCUCCUGAAGCAGAGCCUGCAAAGGAUCCGAAAAGAAAAGGUUCAAAAGGAAAAAACGCUUUGGAUCGACAGUCCACUAAAAGUGCAGCUUCAUCAGCAGCACCAAGGAUUACUAUAAAGUUGGUGGCCAAAAAGAAAAUGAAAACAGUAAAGGAGCCUCAUAAAAAAUCUGCAAAAAAGUUGAAGAUAAAAGGAAUCCAGGAUCAGCCUAAAGCCAAGGACAUUCAGGGCGACCAGAUUUCAAGUGCUCAUGUCAAAUUAAAAACUGAACCUCAUGAGGAUAAACAUGGCACAGAAGAUAAGGGAGGGGGGACUGUACCUUCAAGAAGGCGCGGGAGAUCUGCUUCAAAGACAGCAGAGCCUGUCUGCCAGACUAGCGCCAAAGUUGUGGUUGAUGACCAAAAAUCAAAAGAGAGAAAAUCAACCGAUCAAUUGGACACUGUAAAAGAGAGUGGGACUGUGGAGCCAAAAACAAAUGCAAAGAAAUUAAAAUGCAAGGAAAUAGUGUCAGAGCAAGUUUCUGAAGUUACUCAAAACGUUAUUCGGAGGAGCAAUAGAGUUACUAACCCACUCACUAAAAAAGUAUCAGACAGUGUGACUGAACCAGAAAGUCUGAGUAAAAGUGAUGCCAUUCUGGUGGAGUCAAAGCCAGAAGUUUCUAAAACAGCGGAGACAAGACCAUCGGCAAAAAGUGACAGACGAAGGCAAAGUAAGAGGCUGAAUAAGGAUGCUACAGUGCCAGAAAACAAUGGUUCCUCACUCACAGGCACUGAUCAUUUAUCUGUGCAAUCCAGUGACAGUUUGAAAAAUGAAGAAAUACUGAUCCCAAGUUUAAAGUUGAUAAAAAUCAGAAACCCAAAAUAUGAUGCACAGGCCAGUGGGAAGAACUCAUCUCGAAAGAAAAAACAUAGAAAAAAAUUUGUCUGGGCUUUAAUAUUAGUGAAAGGAGAAAGUCAGACACAUGGUGCUGAAAACAUUGUCAAAGUAACAGAGAAGACUGUGAGUGAAGUGGAUCAGUCCACUUUCUGUGACACCAGUGUCAACAAGAGUUCCAAUGAGAUGGAUAAAAAAUCAAAACUGGAUAACGCAGUCCCACAGGAGAGUAAAAGCUUGGAAGAAAAUGAAAAGUGUUCCCAAAACAAGGCUGAUGCGUCAAUUGAAGAAAAUUCCACUUUACAGGUGGAAGUUGAGGUAGAACAUGCAAAUGAAACACCUCUGCAAGAAAUUACUAAAAUGGAUUGCGGGAAAGUUCCACCUCUCCAGAUUAAAAAGGUCUCCUCUCCUGGGAAACAUAAAAGCUCGAAGCCAUCCUUUUUAAUUCAACAAGUUAGCCCUGUGUCUGAAAAGAAAGAGGAUAUUCUGAAAGAUCUAAGUGAAGUUACCGAGGAAAAAUCAUCAUGUCUGGACACUGAAGUUACGCCAACUAGGAGACUUAGAAGGAGGACAUCAAGCUUUGAUUCACCACAAACAAAGUCUGUCAGUCAUAAGCCAGUGACCACUCCGAAACGGAGGCUUCGAACGAGUCCACAGGACGAUGAUACGCUGCAGCUGCCUGCUGAAGAUCCUUUUCAGGCUUCUGCUGAAGAUUCAAGCUCACAUGGUCUUCCUAAAAACUCCAUUCAGGAUUUGGCUGAGGACCCUUCGCAGGUGACUGAGGUGAAUGUAAACUCCACUGAAGUUCCUGACAAGGAUUCCUCAAAGGUCGCUGAUGAUCCCUCACCUGUGCCAGUUGAGGUUCCUCCACAGAAGAUGGAGAAUGAGGUAGAACCACCGGUCAAAGAGGCCAACCCAUUGCCUGUGCCUUCCAAACCUAGAAGAUGUAGAAAUAAUAAACCAGGGAAAAAGAGGUCUGUUCAGAAGAAGAAGGCUGUUCUCUCCGAAACUGAAACUGCUGUCAGCACAGAGUUGGCUACAGUUGAAGCUACUAUCACAGAGUCUGUGCUAAAGGAAGAUACUCAACCUUUAGUAACAGAAGUUAUUCAGUCGGAAACAAAAGAUUGUACGCCGCCCGAGGCAAAACAGGACACACUGUCAGUGGAAGAAGAGCAGAUACAGCCACCGGUAAAAGAGGAAACCGACAUUCAGUUGAUAGAUAGUCAACCAUCUGUGAUGGAAGAAAGUCAAGCAAGCGCUCCAAAAACACCACGAUUAAAAAGGAAGUCUCUCAAAAAAGUAAAAAAGAAGCGUAAAAGUUUGAUUGGGCAGCGUCAGAAACACAGGCACAGGAGCAGAGACGGGAAGUUUGCUCCACUUAAAUCACCAGAAGGCCAGGACAUUUUUGAGGGCAACAGUGACAUUUCCACCUCAUUGGCAGCUAUCUCACCAACCCCAAGCCCCAAACUUUUUGGAGUGAAAAAGUGCAAAAAGAGACCACCAGGCCUUAAUUUUAUUGGGUCUAAAAGGCCAAAACCACAGUCUAAAAUAAUUUCUAAGUUGAUGGAAUUAGGGCUUGACAACGAUGGUUUGAAACAGGAAGAAACUGACACAUUAGUCGACCGGGGAUCUGCAGAUGUUGUAGAUGCCCAGCCUGGUAAAUCAAAGUUUGUGAAAAACAUCAAGCACUUCAUCAUGCCCGUUGUAAGUGCCAGAUCCUCACGAGUGAUCAAGACUCCUCAAAGGUUUAUGGAUGACGCUGGAAUGUCGGUAUUGCCCCGAAGAAACUCACCAAAGAAGGGUUUACAACUGGGUUUGCAAAUACGCCCGGGGAAGAGGCGAGAUGAUGGGACAGGCAGAGCAAUAUCCCCCAUCCUGCCCAUUGACGAGGAGGACAUAUUGAGUGAAGCUCAGUUGGAUGUUGAUCUGUUUUCUGCUCAGGACCUUGAUGGCAAUAUAGAUAUAGACAACAGCCUAUUUUCUGAGAGAAAAAGUGGCAAAGUUGAGAAGAAGAAGUCUCUUCUAAAGAACUCUACUUUCAAGUGGCAUGUGCCUGAAGAGCCGAGCGAGGAAGUGUAUACACUGGACAAAACUUCUGAGGACAAAUGUGAGGAUCUGUUUUUAUCUACACCAGCUGAGAAGCCCACAGAAACAUCUUCUGACCUGCUGGAGGCCCCAAAAAAGAAAUGUUCCCCCAAGUUUAAUAAACAAGCAGCUCACCUCAAGAUCUAUCAAAGGCUAAAGAAGGCGCAAAUGGGACUUCCCAAAAGCAAAAACACACCUGAGAUGGAUAGUGUGAGUAAACAUCCUCAGCCUCCUGUUGACUUAGCAGAAGGACUUGAUGAUGAGGCCAUGAGCAUCAGUCUUAGGCAACGGAAUACAAUCGCAGAGAAAGGCAAAUCCAAGCUUAAGAUCGAAGACCUUGAUUCUCCCGGAGUUGUGAGAAAAGUUUCUGUGUGUGUUAGGACUAUGAACUCCAAGUCCCUUGCCCUUCAGCCCAGGAAAGAUUCAGCAGGGAAAGACACUUCCCAGCUUCACUCAGGAGUGCUGCGAACAGAACAGAACUCAGGUGCAGGUGAAGGCGAUAUUCCUGGAUCUGCAGAGAAGGGAGCAUCACAAAGAUCACGCCUCACUGGUGCAAAUAAACGAAUGCUCAAUCUCCUCAGGAAAGCCAAGGUCCAGCUCAUUAAGAUCGACCAGCAGAAACAGCUUAAGUCGUCUGGGCUGCUGUCUGGCCCGGCUGGCGCCAGGUCUCGAGAUGUGUCCUCCAAGAGACAAAGGAGGAAACAGAGGGUUCAGGUCGAUGCAGAUGUUCCAGUCAAGACAGAGCCGCCUCAAGGACAACUGCAGGUCAUUUCUCCCCUGUGCCAGGAGUUCCGUAGAGCAGGAGGACCUCGUAUCAAGCAUGUGUGUCGUGCUGCAUCAGUGGUCCUGGGGCAGCCGAGAGCCUUGGUACCAGACGACAUUCCCAGACUUAGCGCCUUGCCUCUGCAUGAAAGAACUGGCAUUUCCCCUUCAGCUAUCCCGAAAGAUAUUGGGUCUCCUUCUGAAUCAGACAGUCCUGGGUUGUCAGAUCCAAAGGUCACUAAGGUCAAGAAGCCAACAAAUUUUGUGAAGCGGAAAGGACUCGGGCCUUUUGGGUAUCGCUCUCGGAGGUGUGGAGUCUGCAAAGGCUGCAACCACGAGGAUGAUUGUGGCAGGUGCAUGAACUGCCUCGACAAACCCAAGUUUGGUGGUCCCAAUACCAAACGGCAAUGUUGUGUGUAUAAGAGAUGUGAUCAAAUUGAAGAGAGAAAGGCACGCAGACUAAGUGGAAGAACGGCACCCAAAGGUGCCUCGAAGCGACGGCGAUCCUCCCUCAGCGGGGGUCAUUCGAGUAAUGAUGAAGGGAACGAGGCUGCUGACUCACCAUCUGGUCAACAGGGAGACGACCACAGUCCGUCAGUAAGGAAGCAGCCAAAGCGUGUUGUGAAACCUCGCGUCUACUUUGACCUGGUGGACUACGACUCUGAUCUGGAUGACAAAGCUGUCUCAAGCUCGCCAGCCAGGAGAAGAGGCACUGGAUCCCGCUUUAGCAACGACUUUGUGUCAUUGGAUGGAUUCCUCGGAGACAUUUCAGAUGAAGAAGUCAGGCAUCGAAAGUCCAGUUCACACCGCGUUCCAUCUGUUCGACGUAAACCUGAGAAGGGUCUCUCCUCUCAGGCUCCCUCGGAGCAGACGCCCCCCAGCGUCCUGGCUGCCCUGGCUCAUGGGUUUGAGCAGCGAGAGGUUGAGUCUUCUAAACCUACUUACAAAAUCAGGGUUGACUUCAAGGAGGACUGUACUUUGGACAAUGUCUGGAAUAUGGGUGGCUUAAGUAUAUUGACCUCUGCAUCGCUUAUGCCACCCUACGUCUGCUUCCUUUGUGCCAGUAAAGGGCAACACGAGAUGCUAUAUUGCCAAGUAUGCUGUGAGCCCUACCACCAGUUUUGCCUUGAACCAGCGGACCGCCCUUCUGAAGAGAACAAGGAAAACUGGUGCUGUCGUCGCUGCAAGUUCUGCCAUGUGUGCGGCAGGAAAAACAAGCACUCAAAGCCGUUGUUGGAGUGUGAACGAUGCCAGAACUGUUAUCAUACUUCCUGUCUGGGGCCCAACUAUCCAAAGCAAAACAAGAAGAGGAAAGCUUGGGUUUGUAUGACAUGCAUCAGGUGUAAAAGCUGUGGUGUCACACCGGGGAAAAGUUGGGACACUGACUGGAACCACGACAAAGGACUCUGUCCAGACUGUUCAAAACUCUAUGAACUGGGUAACUACUGUCCAAUUUGCUUCAAGUGCUACGAGGACAAUGACUAUGACAGUCAGAUGAUGCAGUGUGGCACCUGUAACCACUGGGUACAUGCCAAGUGUGAGGAUCUAACAGAUGAGCUGUAUGAGAUCUUGUCCAGUUUGCCAGAGAGUGUUGUGUAUUCCUGUCGGCCAUGCAGCGUGACUCAGCCCAGCGCCUGGAGAGAGCUGCUCUACAUCGAGCUCAGAGCGGGGGUGGAGAAGGUGCUGGCCUGCUUGCUCUCCUCCACCCUCACCCAGCACCUUGUUGCCUGCUCACAGUGUGAAAAGUUGGUUGAUCCUGACAUUGGAAUAGAAGGACAGCCAGCCUGUGACCUCCGGGCUGUAGGCAAGAAGUUCGACAAAGGCCUUUAUACUACAUUGAAAAUGUUCCAUGAAGAUGUGGUUCAGGUUGUGCGAAAGAGGCUUGAGCAAGAGGAGGAUCUUCCAGAAGAGCAGAGGCCCACUGCCCUGGCACGCUCUUACUAUUUAAAGCUCCUUGAGGAAGUAUUUAAUUGGUUCAACAGCCAAGACCCAAAGGUGUGGAACCCUUGUACCAAAGACUUGCCCAUGGGGAUGCUGUCCCAGGCUGUUCAUCCUCCUACAACGGAGCAUGUUUACGCCCAGUGGCAGGAGAGGGAGGAGCUCUCUCCCAGGACUCCGCUGGGGCUCCUUCAGGAGGACAAUGGCCAGAGCUUAGAUGUAAAGGAAGAGGAGGCACUUUCUCCAUUGUCUGGGGAGCCGACAAGCCGGAACCACUUCAAAACCAGCAGGGCUGUAAGCCUCAAAUUCAAAGGGAAAAGGGGCCGCCUCUCAAAAGCUGAUUUAGACACUGGAUGGUCUAAGGAUGACGAGAGACAGUGCUCUUUGUGCCAAAAAUAUGGAGACCUCAAACCGAAUGAAGCAGGCCGGUUGCUGUACUUGGGCCAGAAUGAGUGGGCACAUGUCAACUGCUGUCUGUGGUCAGCUGAGGUGUUCCAAGAGGACAAUGGCUCUCUACUGCAUGUACACAGUGCUGUCACCAGGGGUCGCUUGAUGCGGUGUGAACGCUGCAACCAGACAGGAGCCACAGUGGGCUGCUGCCUGACAUCUUGUCAGAGCAACUAUCACUUCAUGUGCGCCCGAUCCCGCCACUGUGUGUUCCAGGAGGAUAAAAAGGUCUAUUGCUACAAACACCGACAUCUCAUCAGUGGCAAGAUGAUAGCUGGUCAAGAAUUUGAAGUGAACCGCAGGGUGUAUGUGGAUUUUGAGGGGAUCAGCUCCCGCAGAAAGUUCUUGACUGGACUGGAACCAGAAUUAAUCAACGUGAUGAUUGGUUCCUUACAGAUAGACCAACUGGGUGUUCUGACAGAACUUUCAGCAAGCAAAGGAAAACUGUUUCCUGUGGGUUUUCAGUGUACUCGUUGGUACUGGAGUACAGUUAAUCCUUUGCGCCGGUGCAAAUAUACAUGCACAGUGCGGGAGGUUCGGCCUGUUGUCCCCGAGAAGCCUGUGGAGGAGAUGCCUGACCAAGGAGACAAUCACACCAUUGCUCACAGCCCCUGUCCUCUUCCUGAAUCUGAAGUCCAAGAGACAGAAAUGACAGAAUGCCAACCCCCAACGGUGGAAACAUAUAUUCCAGGACCUCCCCCCAAGUCAGAUCACGGUACCAGGUCAAAGAUUCCUCGGAGACCAGCUGGAGGAAUGUCCCGACCUUUGCCAUCCCCAGGAUCACUCAAGUUGAAACCCCACCACAUAUUGACCAUAAGUGAUCUGGAGGAUACUCGAAGGGUUCGUCGCCACAGCCCACAAACUGGCCUUCGCACUCACAUGCCCCCUCCUCCUCUGAGCCCUCUGGCUGGACCAGUCGCCCUCCGUGCUGGAAAGUCUUCCCUUCCCACUUCCCCACUGUUCCCAAUCGGUGCUCCAGACAACCAGAUAAAUUCUCCAUCACCCCGCCCAGUCGGAGGUAGAAGUGCUUCCUCGGUCCGAUGCCCUGGGAACACAAUGACCCACUGUACCUCAUCUUUAUUUCCUCAGUCUCCUUGGCAGGACGGGGCAGGAAGCUUUCCCUCUCCAAGUCUGUCUUUCUCUUCAUCCAUACAACAUCUACCCAGAAAUCGAUUGUCUUUUGAUCUGAGCCAACCAGACUCAGUCGAGGUGCCGCACAACUUCUUAGCUUCACCAGAACCUGAAGACGUCUCUCCAGCAAAUGGUACAUCGCCACAGGGGGAUUUAGACCAACAGAAGGAUGAAGAAGAAUUUCCCUACACUUCAUUCCACAAGGAUCCCAACAUGAGUCUGGGCCAAGAGAUGAGGACAGAACUGGAGAUUGAAGAGACACUCCUGAAUGAGGGUGUGGCAAUGAACUGUGGGGGGCAAAUAGUGGUGGAAGGUGAUGAUCAGGAGGAAUUUUGGGGAAGAGCACAAGAGGUACACAAGAGGAAGUCUCUCAUCCCCAACCUGCCACGGUCUGCAGCCUCAGCCAGGGAUGACUUGGCCAAUACCUCUUCUGAUGAUGAUAUGGAGCACUAUUUUGACUUUUCACGGACAAUAGUCAGCUGUCCGGGAGCAAAAGAUCAUUCCAAGUCUCCGUCUUCCCCUUCCUCCCGGCCUAUGGCUCAGCUGGAUGGUGUAGAUGACGGUACGGAGAGUGAUGCAAGUAUAGCGACCAACGAUGAUGCUCAGAAAGUCGAGGCUUCUGGACGGGCUCAGAUACAAGCCAAAAGCCUAAACAAUAAAAAUGUCCCUGAAUCAGAAGCUACAAACGGCACACAGGCUGUUCAGAGUCUGUUUCCCAAAGAAUCAGCCAAUGAUAAGCACACCGAUUCUCCAUCAGUCACCAUCUCAGUUCCCAGCAAAAGUUCGACACAUAGUUCUCCUCAAGAUCCACCGAAAUCCAAUGAUGCCAGUCAGUCAAGUAAGGGAUUUGUUUCUCAACAAGUUUCCAAAAACUUCCCACUCAAAGAGCAAAGGUCUGACACUCCUUCAGUAAAUCAGGAGACUGUGCUUCCUGCUCCAGCUCAUGAUGCUCUGCCUAACUUACUCACAAAGGUGCCUGAGACCUCCUAUUCACAGGAUUUAUUCCAGGGUUCCAGUUUAGGAUUUGCCGCUGGAACACCUCUUGUUCUUGAGAAAUGUGACACUAGUCCACAUUCAACUGAGAUGGUUCCUUUGCUAGAAGGCACACCAUUUAAGAUGAAGUCAGAGCCUGACAGCAGCCACUGUACUGGGUUGAUGAACCACUUAACAGCUAAUACAAUAGAACCCUCAUCAGCAGAUUCUGCUAAUAACAGUGAGGGUUCCCUGUUGGAUCUUCUCCAUCCGCCCCCUGUAUUAUCCACAGAUGUACAAACCCCCCCUCAAGGCCUUGUAGAUCCUCUGCAGAUGUAUCCCUGUUUACCAGGUUUCAGUCAGCCUCCUCUAACGAGUAUCACACUUCAGCCUGUAACACCGUCACAAGAGUCAACCCUCCCAUCGAUGGGGCCUUUGUCUACCAAACUAACCACCCUCACUCCUGUUGGAGACAUGACGCAAGCAUUGCUAAGCGUUGCCCCUCAAAACGAUCCAGUACUAUCAGUCACGUCAGGUACUUGUCCCCUACCGGGAACAUGUGGAACUGUCUCUCUACCCAUGUUCUCCACUCAAACACAGCCACUGGGCUCUACAGCUGUAACCAUCGUUUCUUCUUCUGCUGCAUCAGUAUCGUCGCUUUCUGGACUGUCAACAGCUCCGAUGUCAGUCCAAACCACCUCAACUCCUGUGAUCUUAAACGGUUACAGCUCUUCAUCUAUGCAGAAAGAAGCUGCGUCAGGCCACACUAUCUCCAUCAACUUCUCAACACCCAGGCCAGCAUUGGAACAUCAGCAGCCAGUGGUUCCCCAGGCUUUACCUGGACAUGCUAUUCUUACUGUGAAGGAGGUGGGAGGGCCUAAUGUGGACCCUACACCACACGUCCUGCUGGUGAACCGCCUCGGGCAGAUCUUCGUGAAGAACCCAGAAAGCAACACUUUCCAGUUGCCCACUCCCAGCUCCCCCUCAUACAACUGUGUGACGCAGAUCGCCAGCCUUUUGCAAAGCAAUGCAUUGUCAGCCACGCUGGCAGCAGCUGGGAAUAUGACUUCUCCGCCCGCUGGCGCCAACCCUCCAGCAGCAGCAGCUCCUCUGUCAGUUACACCCACAGCUCAGACUUCAACCACAAUUACACAGCUGCUCACUCACAACAGCAACGGUGCAGUGGCGUCAGUUAAUGUGAAGAAGCCGAGAAAGAGUGCAAAAACACCAAAAGAUGAGAGCGCUCCAGAAAUGAAAAAAACAAAGAAGAAGAAGGAUUCUGGUGCAUCCAAAAAAUCCAAGUCAUCCAAGGCGCCAGGGCAGCCCGCUCCGUCAGCUGAGACUCCUCCCAUGACUCCUGCUGAAAGUGCUCAAGCAAUUAUCAAUCAAGCUAUGGCAAGUAACUACACCCCAAAGUGGGGCGGGCUUCGAACACUAAGCCCUACCUCAUUGGUUUUGCCACCUGACCUUUUAAUUGAACCGGAGCCUCCAGUGGUGCCUUGCUCUCCAGUAGUAACACCCACACCAACAGCUCCUGCAGCCAGGCCACGCACCCAUGUCCGCAUGAAGCGAGUGUCCUCACUUUCAGACCGUAUCGUCACCAAGAAGUCUAAAGUGGACUUCCUAAAACCAGAGCCCAUUAGUGAGGACGAGGAGCGCCGCAGACCCACCUUUCCAACUAUCUCCAGCAGAGCUUCAGGAGUCCGCAUCAAGACCCCGACAGUGAAAGGAGUACUGAACCUGGACCAGUUAAAGGAGGAGCAUAUAAGCGAGUCUGAUAGCUCGGGAUCAGAGCCGUUGGACUAUUUGUCUUGGGGCGACCAAGACAAACAGCAUGCAUGGGAAUCAGUGGGACACAGCACCCUGACUGACUGGAAAAAAUACUCUGGCGCUGCUUCUACCUCAGAUGAUGAACCACCACGGUCUGAAGAGGAUGAGGAAUUUCCAACUAACAGAGACCAGCCACACUUGAGAUUUGAGAUAACCAGUGAUGAUGGUUUCAGUGCGGAGGCAGACAGUAUAGAGGUGGCGUGGAAAGCAGUCAUAGACGGCGUGCAGGAGGCCAGAGCUAUUGCCAGGUUGAGACCUUUGACCUUUCAGAGGGUCACCGGUGCUCGUAUGCUGGGUCUGGUCCAUGAUGCAGUGGUGUUCCUGCUGGAGCAGCUUCAAGGCGCCCAGCGCUGCCAACGACACACCUUCCGUUUCUUCAAACAGUUCACGCAGGAGGACGACCUCCCGGUCAACCCCAGCGGAUGUGCCCGCUCUGAGCUCUACCUUAGGAAGUCCACAUUUGACAUGUUUAACUUCCUGGCUUCUCAGCAUAGACAGCUUCCUGACAAUGGGCCUUAUGAUGAUGAGGAAGAUGAAGUUCUUUUGAAGUCGACAAGGCGGGCUACUAGUUUGGAGUUACCCAUGGCCAUGCGCUUCAGACAUCUGGAAAGGACCUCCAAGGAGGCUGUAGGCGUGUACAGGUCUGCUAUCCAUGGCCGUGGCCUUUUCUGCAAGAGGAACAUUGAAGCAGGCGAGAUGGUUAUUGAGUACGCUGGCAUCGUCAUUCGCUCCGUGCUCACUGACAAAAGGGAGAAGUACUACGACGGCAAGGGUAUUGGCUGUUACAUGUUCCGCAUCGAUGACUUUGACGUGGUGGAUGCGACCAUGCACGGCAAUGCAGCGAGAUUCAUCAACCACUCCUGUGAACCUAACUGCUACUCUCGAGUGAUCAACGUGGAGGGCCGGAAGCACAUCGUCAUCUUUGCUCUUCGGAAGAUUUACAGAGGGGAGGAGCUCACCUACGACUACAAGUUCCCCAUUGAAGACGCCAGUAGUAAACUCAACUGCAACUGUGGCGCCCGGCGAUGUCGGCGCUUCCUCAACUGAGGCGCCCCUCGGAUGAAAUGAUCCUUUUUACUAGUAAGCCUUAAAUUAAGGUGGAUUGGGCUUUGGGAGGCAGCUGGCAGCCCGCACAGAAGGGGAAUUAGCCACUAUGAGACCAGUCAGGAAUAUUUGGCUGGUCAGAAGUGAUGUGUGGACAUUUUUAAUGGAUUAGAAGAAGUAGAGAACUUGCACAAAAAGUUCCUAAAAGGCAAGUUUCUUCUUUUGUCUGGAAUAAUUCAGCUUGUACAGCUGAAGCAGCAACAUCACCACAGCAGUGGAGGAAGUGGUUUUGUUUCCAUGCCAACAGGACAUAUACAAACCAGAGGUUCACAUGUAGGGGUUCCUGGAAAGUAUGGAUGACACCAACAGAGUUUCUUUGAUACACACGUCAAGCCUUAUCUGUUUGAAUCAUUGCUGAAACCCUAUAGCUAGGCUCUGAGAGAUUCCUUCUAUGUUUUAUUCAUUUCUGGGGGGAGGGUUGUCCAUCUGUAAUAACCUUGUAAUCAUGAUUGCUCCAUCCUCCAGUGAUGGGAACAUUAUUGCCCCAUCUGUGCAGUGGUGAAGUCCGUUCUUGAGCCAUACAUUCACUCAAACCUUUGUGUGUUUUAUCUCACAUUUAACACUUCUAGCGUUGUUAAUAUUUUUUCUUUUUUAGACUUAUUUCUUUUCGGGAAUAAUAAGACAACCAUGGUGCUAAGCUUUGAAAGGUCUUUAACGUCUUUAGUUGGACAAAGAUGUCCUGCAAAUCAGGAAUUGUUUAGCUGUUUAUUCACCCUGCUGAGAUCAUUUAUCUUAAAUGUCUGCACUCUAGCAGUACUCUCUCUUAUUGUCAUUGGAAUGUAAUAGUGUCUGCUAAGUUUCACACCUUAGAUCCUGUGCUCUCUGUCACCUACUCUUCCUGUGUGUUGAUUUCAAACAUAGAUAGCAAUGUAAACGGUUUCAGUAGGUACCAUAGUGUCAUAUUUAUAUAAUUAGAAAUGUGUCUUUAAGACACAUUUUUUCUUGAUGUACAGUGUAUGUAGCAAACACUACCCAAGCCAAAAGUGAAGAGUUGUGGUGAAUAUCAGUUUUUUUAAAAUAUAUAUUUUAUUACUCAUGGCAGAUGCUCAUUACCUAUUGCAAUAAGACGUUGCUGCCCGACAGUUGCACAUAGAACCAUCAAACGUACAAAUUAUCUUCAUCGUUGUGAAACCUGCUACAGUUUAUCUCUUAAUCAGGGAGAGCACUGGUAUAAAGCAACGCCUAUGAGUGUGUGCAUUUAGCUCCUGCACCGGGCUUGCUGCAGAAAAACAUUCAGUCUGUUCUGGAGCUGAGAGAAUGCACUCAGCACCUUAAAAUAAUGUUUAAUGUUGUUCUUAGUCGAUGUUCAGUGCCGUCAUUGAUGAGGCUAAUCUAAUUCACACACUGUUCAAAUUGGUAGUUAUAUUUAUUCAUGUUUUGAUUUCUAUUUUAAAUGGUAAAAGUGUUGCUUGUGCUUUGUAUAAACGGCGGCGGUCUAGUUUAAUAGGAGAUCUCCCCCUUUUUGUAUCUUUUGCUUCGAUUUGUUUACAACUGAUGUCCUUUUGUUUCACUAAUUUACUUGAAUUUUCUUUUGGGGCAGUUGUGUCAUGCAUUUAAGCCUUUAUGACAGAAAUUGUUCUAAAGCAGGUAUUUUUAAAGAAUAAUUUUUAUUUUAUUUUUUGUUACGGUAGAUUACUGUCGGUCUUAGAAUCAGCCACAGGAGUAAAGUGAGCACUGUUUUGCCUCCCCAAGCCCAUGAUCAUCGUUUUCCCUCCCCUUUUUCUUUUUCAAACUACUUAGAGCAAAUUUUUCAUCUUGUUUUUUUUCUUGAUCUUAAUCCCCUUUCCUUCUUGCAUGUCCAAUCACUGGGAUGGAGCUCAGAUUUACGUCAAUCACCUAGCUGAUAACAAGAGCAGAGUCACUCCCAACUCCUUGCAAGGAUUCUACCUCAGCUGUUUAUACAGAUGUUUGGGAAUACUGAUGCAAAAAGAGAGGAUGAUAAUUUAAGAGUAGCUUGGUUUUAAUGUCCUGCAGAGCUGGUGUGUGUGUGUGUGUGUGUCUGUGUGUGUGUGUGUGUGUGUGUGUGUGUGUGCAUGCGUGCGUGUGUGUGUUGGUGGAUAUGUCUGUUUCUGUCAUUUUGUGUAUGUGUGUGUGUGUGUUUGCAAUGAAGGAUGGAAAGCACUAGUAAGAACCUGAAGUUAUCAUGACCAUCUCUCCCAGAGUCUGUUAAGAAAGCUGUAUGUUAUAUAUACACACAUAUACAAAGUUAUAUAUAUAUAAAUAUAUAGUAGGGUUAUUUUAAAGUAAGUGUAAAAGACAUAAAAAUGAGAAAAUAUGUGAUCUUUAAAUUUACGUCUUUGUUACCAUGUACAAAUAAACCCUGGGUUUGUAAAUAUUUGUAUACAUAUUUCUAAACCUGUUUAAUUUUUCUAUGCACUUUUUUAUUUAUAAUGUUAUUUGCUUAAUAAAGAUGUUAAGAUGUUUGAAUAAAUUCCAUUUUUUAUUAUAAAAGGAGGAAAACUAAUCAUGUGAAGCAAUAACCUUUGAACUGGGAUGUUUAG